GUCACAACGAGAACAAUUCUAACUAACGACAAUUUGUCAAACGUUUUUGUUUCGCGUAGUUUUGUCGACGAAUUGAACUUAUUUUUAAUAGAGUCGCCAAGUAAAGCGACGAAAAUUCUAUCGCGUAGAAUAUUUCUCUUUUUUAUUUGACAUAUAAUCAUGGAGCUACGUAUCAUAUUUUUAUUGCUAAUCUCUGGUGCGAGUGUUUUCGGAAGAACAAUCCAAGAUAUGCAAACUUCAAAUUUUGAUUUGGAACACUUAAAAGAAACGGACGACGACGAUAAUAUUGAUAAAAGGGCCCGAGACUUUAUUACGUCUAGCGAUGCCGAUAAGAAUUUAAGUAAUGAAAACGAAGAACGAAACAAACGAUGUCGCUUCUAUCCUAAUUCGGAUUCUGAUUGUAGUUCUGAGAGCUUUUUUGACGAAAAAAGCAACUGUUGUAUCGUAAUAAUUCAAAAUAUACAACCUCCACCAAAUCCUCCACCUACUACUCCACGUAAAAAAUAAUAUAUGCUAUAUAGAAGAUAUUAGAUGAGUGCAAAGUUUUGAUGAGUUCCAAAAGAUCUGACUGUAUUUAAUAGCAAAACUACAGAUAAUAAAAAACAAU